CCCACAUUUGUCAAGAUAGCCCAAGAUAAGAUUGUGCCCAAUUGUUUUGGGCUCAAUUCCCUAUAUUCACAAAGGCAUCGAUCAGUGGGUCACCUUGCCAGCCGAUUUGGGAUGGCUCGUGGAUCUCUAUUCCACUAAAAUGCCUCCAAAUAUCAAUUCCAGAUGUGGAUAACUCGAGGGGGUGAAAUAAAAUAUUAAGAAUCAGCAUUGAUCAUCAAUAAAGCUUUUUAAUUUUUUUUACGCAUCAAUAUUUCAUUUGCCUACAAAGGGUAAGAUCUCCUGAUGGCCUCUGCUGAUCUUAUUAUUCUGGUGAAAGCACCCAACCAAUUAAUUGGUGACCAAAAAAUAACUUGCCAAAGAAAUUGGACAGUAAAACAGCUCAAAGAGCAUUUGUUCGAAGUCUACCCAAAUCGACCGCUACCAAAAGAUCAGAAAUUGAUUUAUUCCGGGCAACUACUUACUGAUACCACUUUGCUGUCAGAUGUCAUCAAAACUUACAAUGGACAGGAAAUUAAUACAAUUCACUUAGUCUGUGCUGUUAAGGUGUCUGUAAACCCAAUUCGUCCUCAUGUGGGUAUUGAAUCUCCUGCUCCUGCAACAACAAAUGUCACUACAAAUCCAACUCAACCAUCACCACUCCAGGCCAGCAGUGAUGCAUCCUCAACUCGUCCUGAGCCUACUGAAAACACCGGAUGUUAUUACCCAUCAAUGCUGACCAACCCACCUUGGUAUUCGUGUCCCAUCAAUCGUUUAUCCGGUAACAGAAAUGCAGAGUCUCAAGAGGAUGAAUUUGAAUGGGUGCAUCAAGCAUACAUUAAUUAUUUGAAUAGCUAUCUAAGAAUGACUGAAUUGAUGUAUAACAUUCCCCUCACACACGACUCUGAUGAUACUAGUUCAGGAACAGAUGGAGAAGGUUUUGUUGAAAGGCCCGCAGGAGUUGAGCAAGAUGAUGGUGCUGCUCAAAUUCACCCCCAGCCUGCAGCUGUAGGGGAAAAUGAAGAGGAAGAUGAACACUUUAACCGCGAUCUUCUUGAAUGGAUAUAUAUAUACUUCCGUUUUGGAGUUUUGUUUAUGUUUGUCUAUUUUUAUUCAUCUCCGAUCCGGUUCUUGUUGGUUGUUACUAUGAUGGUGUUACUAUUUUACAUUGAAAUUGAAAGAUACAGACUAAGAUACGGGCCUCAGGACGAACCUGUUGUGGAAGGAGCAGGGCCAGCGGACGAAGAACAAGUUAAUGGAAACCCUCCAGCUCCACAACAAAACAACUGGCUAUCCAUGGCAUGGACAUUUGUCUCACUUUUCUUCCUGUCACUCAUACCUGACCUUAUAAACUGAAUUAUAGCAAGUCUCUGGGCUUGGCAUAAUUAACCAUUUUGAAAAAAAAAAAA